AUGCAUCUGGCAGCUCUUCUUACCGUCGGUGCAGUCCCAGCGAUGGGUGCGGCCCUUGCUCGCCGCGCUGGACUCUCGGUCGAGAAUCUUCAACAGCUAAACCCUGGGAUCACCUGUCCCAAUCUCGAUUCCAGCAAGUCAUACUGCGUUGUUGGUACCGCCACGGAUGAUCCUCCAAGCACCACAUCCACUACCAAAACUACCACGUCUGCAACUCCCACCGAGGUCACGCCCAGCAACUCCCCCACCAUGCCUGGGAUUGCAGAGAACUGCGAUGGUUUCCACGAAGUGUUGUCCGGUGAUCAGUGCAAUACAAUUGCCACGCAGUACGAUUGGAAUCUGAUAUAUUUAGACUGCACAAAUCUUUGGCUGGAUUACUACGUCUGCGUGCAUGUUCCCGGCGCUACCACCACGAGCCAGGCACCCGAGCCAACGGCUUCAGGCCCUACGCCCCAAAUGCCUGGAAUUGUCAGCAACUGCAAAACCUACCAUCUGAUCAGAGACGGUGACAGCUGCUGGUCGAUUGAUACGGCUGCGGGGAUUACAUUGGCGCAGUUCCGUACUUGGAACGCGCAAAUCGACGCGACGUGCAGCAACCUGUGGUUGGGAUACUAUGUCUGUGUUGGUGUUUAA